AUGGCGGCAGGUCUGAACCUCCAGCCUCAGACCGUCAACGGUUGGUUGACCCUUAAGCUGAGUAACCAGGGUCUGACGUCCAUCCCGGAGGAGGUGUUUGAUAUCACUGACCUGGAGUAUCUAGAUGUGUCCAACAACAAACUAAGCAGCAUCCCGGAAGCAAUCGGCCGUCUGCAGAAACUUUCCCGUUUGGCUGUUAGCGGCAACAUGCUGACAAGUUUGCCACAGGCGAUCUGUUCCUUUCCUAACCUUGAGGUGUUAAGUGCCCAUAAGAAUAAACUCUCCGCCUUCCCUCCUGGUGUGGAGAAGCUGCAGGAGCUGAGAGGACUGUUCAUUCAUGAUAAUCAGCUGACGGAUCUCCCCUCAGGGCUCUGCUCGCUCCCUAACCUUGACUGGUUAAGUGUCAGUGGCAAUAAACUCUCCAACUUACCUCCUGGUGUGGAAAAGCUGCAGAAACUGAGACGUCUGCACAUUGCUGAUAAUCAGCUGACAGAGUUUACCCCAGGGCUCUGCUUACUCCAUAACCUUGAGCUGUUAGGUGCCAGUAAUAAUAAACUCUCUACCUUCCCUCCUGGUGUGGAAAGGCUGCAAAAACUGAGAAAACUGGACAUUGCUGAUAAUCAGCUGACAGAGUUUCCCUCAGGGAUCUGUUCCCUGCUUAACCUUGAGCUGUUAAGUGUCGGGAAUAACCCCAUCAGACAAAUCCCCGAUGACGUCACACGGCUCACCAGGCUGAAGUCUCUCAGUGUCCCCGGCUGUCCGUUUGAUGAGUUCCCCAGACAGGUGCUGCAACUGAAGACACUGGAGGUACUGUGUGCUGGUGGCUGCGGGUUUGACAUUGUCCCAGAUGAAAUGAGAAACUUACAAUACCUGCAGAUCUUGGUACUGGAAUAUAACCUCCUCAAAACCCUGCCGAGCACCCUAAGUCAUCUGCACAACCUACGGGAGGUCAACCUACGGAGCAACGAGUUCGAUACGUUCCCAGAACUCCUGUGUGAACUACCUGCCAUGGAGAAACUGGAAAUAUGGAACAAUAAUAUCACCAGGCUUCCAACCGCCCUUCACCGAGCAGACAAGCUGAAGGACUUAGAUGUUUCUGGAAACCCCCUGACAUACCCUCCACAGGAUGUGUGUAAACAAGGGACCGGCGCCAUCAUGGCCUUCCUGAAACAGGAGGCUGAGAAAGAUGAGAGAAUUCUCCGUGCCUUCAACCGCCUGUCCGUGAGGAUGAGCCAAACCCAGUGGAAACCUCUCGCCCGGAGCCUGGGACUCAGCAACAGGGCGGUGGACGCCAUUAAGGCUUCCGCCCCAGACGACGUUCCUGACCAGGUGUACCAGACGCUGGUACAGUGGAGAGAGAAGGAAGGUGAGGCGGCCACACUUUCCGCCCUGGAGCAGCACCUCAGAGACCUGGACUUUCAGCAGCUGGCCGACCAGCUUUCACUGACACACAGGACCCCAGAUCGCAGAGGAUAUGAAACCGGAGCCGUCGGUGCUGUUGGUGGCCAAGAGGCAGAUGGGCUGCAGAACAGCUUGAGUAAGUAUCCCAGCGUGACGGUUGACCAGAAGUUUCCCAUCAUCCACUUUGACCAACUCGAGGUCGGACAACAGUCCAUUCUCGGCCGCGGGGGGUUCGCCUACGUGAAAAAAGCCCGACAUCUGGACUGGAAGCAGGACGUGGCUGUAAAAUGUCUGUUUACUCGCCAGAUAGAAGGAAGUGAGCAAGAGCUGCUGUAUUCUGAAGCGAGGAAACUGAAGCUUGCCAGCAAUUCGGCCCACGUCAUCAGUCUGCUGGGGGUCUGUCUGGACCCAAACUUCGCCAUCGUGAUGCCCUACAUGGAGAACGGCUCUCUGGCCGGGCUGCUGCGGGAUGUGGACGUGCCCUGGGCCCUGAGGUGGAGAAUGGCACACGAGAUCUCCCUGGGGAUGACUUUCCUGCACUGCCAGAACCCACAGAUUCUCCACUGUGAUCUGAAGGCAGAGAACGUGCUACUGGAUGGCGACUUCCACGUGAAGAUUUCAGACUUUGGCCUGUCCAAGUGGAAGAUGAAAUCUCGUGUUGUCACCCAAACCAGCCCGGAAGGUAGCACAAUCACGCAUGCUCCACCGGAGUUCUUCUUGGACAUCAAUCUCGUCCCAACACCUAUGUUCGAUGUCUACAGUUUUGGUGUGCUGCUUUGGGAGAUCAUUACAAGAGCAGAGCCAUAUGGAAGUGAGUUCAGGAUAUGCCAUUUUGUCUGA